CCGCGAUAGGCGCAAAAGCAACAAACCAUUGCGCACACCCGCGUUCCUUCCUCUUCGCUGUAGUGUGCUUGCGCUCCCAAACCGACUUGCACGUCUUCUCCGUGUUUUUUUCGCAUCGAAUUCGCGAUGCCUUCGCUUCGCGAAAAGAUUGCUGGACUCCUGAGACAGUUCCCCUCCCACCAUUCGGAUAGCCACAGCAAGAGGGGCGCAGAGAGCGCCCCACGACAGCAGGGGGACGCAGCACCGGAAUCCUUCAUCCAGCGAUAUCUCAAUGGGCAGAUGAAGAAAAACCAACCUGAGAUAAUAUUCGGGAAGUGUUGCUAUGAUCUUCCCAUGAAGAAAGUCGCCAAGCUGUCGAAAGUUGUUCUGGCAGCCCACACUGGACCAACUGGAGGACUGACGCAGGUCAAUCGAAAGCAAAAGCCCUUCGAAUACCUCGAUCUGGACGUCGACUUCAUCGACCAGGAUUACGAAGGAAGCUCGGAGAACAUUGAUCGUCUCAACAUAGAAGAUUCCAGUAAUUCCAACUCUAUCGAAACCAAAGAGAAAAAAGUGGAACAAGUACCGGUGAUUGAAAGCAAAACUGUUAAUCAAGAGCAUACCUAUUACUCCGAUGAAAUUGCAGGCAUUAAAAAUUGGAACCAGACAGAUGAAAGAGCUUAUGGGCUUGCCACCACCCUUUAUGAAAAGCAUCCAAAAACAAAUGCAAAUGCAGGUGAUCCUGUUGCUGACGCAUUUGCUGUAUGUUUGAGGGAGAACAGUGCUAUUUUGGUGCUUGCUGAUGGGCUCAACUGGGGAGAAAAAUCUUGUCUUGCUGCGCGUUCUGCAGUACACGGAUGUACAGAUUAUCUCAACCAUGCACUUUACAGGGAGGGCGGCAGAGUAGAGACUACAAUGGAUGUGUUCGUAUGUUUGUUACGUUCAUUCCAUGCUGCUCACAACCUCAUUCUUCAAGAAGAAGGUUACCUGACCACUUUAUGUGCAGCAGUUGUUUGCCAACUUACUAAUUCGGACAAGUAUGUGGUUUGCACGUGCAAUGUUGGAGACAGUUUGGCUUACGUGUACAGUCGUAAGCAUGGAGUACGAGAAAUUACGCAGGGCUCCCAUGACAUACAUUCCAUGAGAGAUAUGCGUGAUGCAUUGGGUGCAUUAGGUCCUGUGGAUGGGGUCAACCCAGAGUUAAACAAUCUUACAGUUUCCAUGACCAUAGCUGACGCUGGAGAUUAUGUUUUCUUAUGCAGCGAUGGAAUCUCGGACAACUUUGAUCCGGUUGUUGGCAAGUUUGCACUCCCGAAGCGACCCGAGAAACCUCAUCGCAAAACUCCAACAGCUGCACCAGUCCAGGAGACCUCAAAAAAUAUUGGUAUAAGUGUAAAGAGGCAAAACAGCAACAGCCAAGAAGUAACAGUGAAGAGGCACAGUAACAAACUAGAUUCUGUUUUAAGAAGACAAAGCAGUAAUUUAACAGACAUUACCAAUAAACGCUUCAGCGUUUUAGACCCUGAUUCCCCUCCCCCUGAGCCUCCUCUUCCAAUCGUUGAAGCUCACCAAAGACAUCAAUUGACUCUUUUACGUAUGGAAGACCUUCUGAAUAAUGGUUUAAAUGAAAAUGACAACAGUUGUGACUCGGCUCAAAAGCUCUGCGAGACUCUCAUCGAUUUUGCAACUAAAUUGACAAUUGCUAAGCGCAAGAUACUUGAAGAUCCAGAUUUGUACCCAGAAAGUGAACCAGAUACCCAUUUAGAGCAAAGGUCUCGUAGAAGGAAAGUGAGUGAUAAAUUAUGCACUGUCCCCGGUAAACUGGACCAUGCAUCAGUUGUUGCAUGUCGUGUUGGUAACUACAAGUCUCGUUCUCCCGUUCGCAGAACGAGAGACACAGGCAAGUCUCAUUCAAAAUCUCCCAUUUCAACAAGUAACAAAGGUAAAAGUCACCAUCAUCAUCAUAGUCAUCAUCACCACCACCAUCAUGUGUCCAACAACAACAAUAAUAACAAUAAUACCAAAGUAUCAAGAGGUAUGAAAACAGAUGACAAAACAAGGCAUUUUGAAUCUAGUAUUUAAGUAAUAGUGUCUCUAUUGAUUUAUUUUGUUUGGAUUAAUGUAGCAUAAAACAUAUUAUAAAUAAACCAUCCAUAAAUGAAAUAUUGUAAAAUAAUUCAUUUUCUCCUUGUGAAAUCCAUUGUGCUGCUUAUCUCAACUACAAUAUUCUGUAGAGACAUCAUGAACUCCACACACUCUAAAGCAGGUGUCGGAAAGUAAUUUUAGUUUAGGUCCAGAUACUUCGUAAAAUUUUCAUCAAGGUCCAGAAAAAAACCUCAUAUUCCACACUAAUCAUUAAAAACUCAAAUCAGUUAUGCAAUUAAUUAUGAAAGACUAAAAGAAGUGGUAAAAGUGGAACCUAAAAAGGUAUUGUGGCCAACAUAAACAUAUUUUUUAAAUAGUUUUUGCAUGUAAUUUAUGCUUCUAAAACAUUUUUUUUUAACAUUCCGCUCCAGACUUGGAGCGUGGUCUGCCAGUUGCCAGCUGCUGCUGUAAAGCUUUUAAGGAGUGUAGCAUUUUUGUUGGUACUGCAACAGUGAGCUUGCACAACAAAUGUAAUGAUUUUUUAAUUUUAAGUUUUGCAAUUUAAUAAGUAAAACUAAUAUCACUGAAUAAGAAUAAUUAAAUUUGUUUGUUUAUCACAACGCGAUUCCUUGUCAUUGUAGCCAAUAGCUUUUAACUGGCACAAUAAACGCAAUGACUUUUUAAUAUUAAGUUUUGUGAUUGUAAGUAAAACUAAUAUUACUGAAUAACAGUUAUUAAAUUGAUGUCCGUUUAUCAGGACGCUCUUAGUUUUUCAAUGCAAUGUUCAUAUUAAACAUAUUUAAAAUAGCCUUAGAGUUCUACAAAUAUACUAUUGCUGUUCCGUCACCUUCUUGGGUAUGUCACAUUCAUGUUGACUUAUACACAUUUCAUAUUGUUUCAUAAAUGUUGGUUCAAUAGCACAGAUAGGUUUUGUUUGAUAUGUGAUGAAUAUUUGACCAAUGAACUAAAGAGUAAAAGAAAUGAUACAAGUUUUAUGAAAGUUUGACAUAAUCUACCAAUAAGCAGUAUGUUGUUUGCAUACUGUGGCCUUUUUUGGUAACUUAAUAAAUGUACAUUAGUUUCCUAUGUUUUACAUGCUUUAUUAUAGCUAUCUUUUUCAGAGACAUUUACAGUUUAUUUCUAAUUACACGAUGUUAUAGUGAUGUGCUUUUGUGAUUUUAAAGAUGAAGCUCCAGUUAAAGUUCUUGAGUUUUUUCAUUUAUUUGAAUGUGAUGUUAGUAAGUGUGCUACAGAUUAAUGGUUAAAAUGCAGUGGCCUUAGUAAUCCAAAAGUUUAUUGCGAAUAUAUUUCACACAUAGCUGAAAGCAAAUAAAAAUUGACUUAUAUUGACUUUCCAUUAGAUUUUAAAUGCUUCGAAUGUGGUUCUUUUCCCCAAGGAAGAAAUAAAAUGAAUAAUAGGUAAUAAUGAUAACAAUAAUGAUAUCUAUUUUCUAAUACAUUAAUUAAAUAAUAAUAAUCAAUAUUUUUUAUCUAAUUGAUCUGUUUCAUACUUUAGUUACUUUCUGAUGAGGUAUUAAGAUAUGUAGUGAUGCAAAUGUGUUCCUCUUGAUUAGGAUAAUGUAUUGGAUGAAUUUUAAAUCCCUUUUUGUCAGAAAACGUUGAAUAAUGUCCUAUGUCAUGAAAUAAAAUAUGAACUGUUCUAAUUGGCUAGAAAAAGUAAAUGGAAAAAAGCAGACAAUUUUUUUUUUUUUUUGAGCAAACACAUUGAGCAAACUCAUUAUCUUCACUUGACCAAAGGUGAUGCUGCUCUGAUUUUUCAAAUUACCAUAACAGCUGUUGUUUAUAAUAAUUAUUUUCAGAGCGGAAUUUUUGUUGCCCAAUCAUCUGAGGUUUGAUUUUAUUCAUAUAUUUUUCAGAGUUUAACUCAAGCAACUUUACAUUAAAAAAGGCGUUUUUUGUGUAAAAUUAUAUUUUUUCAGGGAAAAUCAUCUAAGUACAAAAUUUUCAGAUUACUAGUUCUCAUGGGCGCUCACAUAGGGGGGCAAGUGGGGGCUCAAGUCAACUCUUUGAAAUUAGAACUCUCUGCUACUAGUACAUUUUUCUGUUCAAAAAUGUAAAAACAUUUUUUUCCAGCCAUUAAAUGAAUGAGUUAUUAAAAAUGUCAAAUUUUAAUAACUCUAAUCUGCACUGAAACCGGUUUCCAUGGGGAAGAUAUCCUGCUAAACCAUGGGGAAAAUAUCUGAGCUUCCCCCCCCCCCUUAAAAUUUUGCAUAUGGCCACCCAUGCUAGCUCCCAUCAUUUAAGAUUGAUAUGAAAUAAAAAUACGUAACGUCACACGCUAAUCUUUUACGAUAAGUGUACUGGUGGAAUCGGCCAUAUAAAAUCUUUAUUACCGAAUCCUAAUUACCAUUUCUUUUUUUCGUAGAUAUGCCUUGUAUUACCUAUUCUAAUACAUCACCAGGCAAAAUAUGAUAUGUGCAAAUAUCUCGGCCAUUUCAAUUCCAUCCAGUUGUAGAAAUAAGAAACCGAACGAGUGGGAUCUAUCGCGAAUCGUAAUUGAGAGACACAAAAUUAAAUUCAUGACAUUAAAAUUCAAAUAAAUGCUGGGUGUUUUUCUUUUUUUUCUGAGGAGUUCUUGCUUUUCCUGAAAUAAAAUAAGAACUUUAUGCUAGAACAAACAUAUUUUUGCCUGAUUUACCCUUAAUGCUAUUGAGAAUUAUUAAUUAUUAUUAUUUUAUCCAUUUUUCAUACCUAAACUAUUUUGAAAGUUCACAAAAAUAAUAAAUUUUAAAAAUUAAAAAAAAUAAUCUUGCAAUUAAAUAUUAUUUGGAUUACUGAGAAUCUACUACAUAUUAAUCCAUUAUGAAAAGUGAUAUUUCAGCAGAUGUGAAAUUGCUCUGUCAUAUCUAACAAAAAUAUUUGCUCAGUAGAUUAUGGUGCUCGGUGUACGUUUAGUAUUCUAUUUAAGUGUAUUUACUUCAGUAUUAGACUGAGUCAAUGUGUACAUACUACAUAUAGAGUGUUGCUAUUUUGUAAGAUUUUUUAAAAACUCAGUUUUUUAAUACUUUUUAGGUGCAUUCAUUGUAUGCUUUUUGUACAAUGUAUUGAUGAGUUGAGCCUUUAACACUAUUUAGCAAUUUUUCUGAAGAUGUUACUUUUAUUAAUGCGCAUUCAUCGUGCUUAAUCAAACUAGUACCGUAUUUUUCAGCGUAUUAUCCGUGCCGACGUAUAAUCAACAGGUCCUAAAAUCGACCUGAAGAAAAAAAAAAGAAUCUUGCCUAUAAUCCACGGCAGCGUAUCUGCGGAUAAUACGAUGUAAAGAUAUGAAGUUUUGAUUUCAAAGUACAAAUUUUGCACCUAAAUUAAAAACGUGAAGAAGUCAUAACUUUUAAGGUACAAUCAAAUAUAAUCUUUUUCAAAUCGUGAUUAUAGUAUUCUAAUUAUUUAAAGACAAAGAGUCAAGACAGAGAAACAAACGGUAUGAUCUUGUACAAAUGAAGGCUUCUUCCUUUACUGUGUAGUUGUUCGUUUUACAAUUCUUGAAUCGGGCCGGAGGAAAAUUCAAGCUAUGUAAAAUUAACAACCUACUUUCAGCGAAACAGUCUCUAAUGGUGAAUCCUACUGUAAAUAUCGAGGUACAAUGUGUUGGUGUUGAAAAAAAAAAAAAAUAAGCACAGAUAAUCCGCACCUCAUUAACUUGACACUUUUUAAACAGAAAAUCCGUGGAUUAUACGCAGGAAAAUACUAGUAAAUAAGAGUAUAAUUUAUUUUCAAAACAUUUACUGCUUGGGAUUUUUAUGUGUGCUUAAGAUGUUGCAAACUUAAUGGUUGUCAUGUGUUGUAUAAAAUUUAAAAGGAAGCCCCAUAAACACCUGUGUAUAGUAGAGGGCCAAAAGUCUGCACAGCUUGGGACCAUAGGUUGUGAUUGAUUUUAAAAUUUGAUAUUGUUGAUUUUAGGAUUUGACAGAUUUUUGGGACCAUAAAAUAGAGUAGUAUUGAAACCAAAGUGAACAAAACACAUAGUAGCCAUUUUUCAGUUCUAUAUUACAAUUAUAUAUGGCAAAAAAAAAAAAAAAACUGAGUAUUAAAUAUGGUGCAAAUGAAAGGAAUAUAAUGAAAACCGAAAAACUACUUUCUGAAAUUUUCAGUAAAUCGAAUCAAUUUGCAAUCUGUUUGUAAAUUUUAAUUUAAAAUGUUUUAUAUAAUAAACUAGAAAAUCGCCCGUCAAGGUAUGACGGUGAAAAUUGCUUCUACAUUUGAACGAAGUCAUUGCCUGUUUGGUGACAUUUUGAUAGUUGUAAUUGUAACCCCAACUCCAGUGGAUGGACCCUAAACUCUAGUAGGUAGUGUUAAAUUAUGUUGACCACUUUUUCGUUUCUUCCUUCCCCUGAAAUGACAUAGUCUUAAGAAUAAAACUCCAAGUUGUUGGGUCGAGUUCAGCCUUGUCACAAUAAAGCCUUUCCCUGCAUGUUAAACAUUACCAAAACAUAUUGUCAAAUUAUCAUGCCGUUGUGCAAGUUUCAUU